UUGAAACAAAUCAGCUGAGUACGCGCGUAAAUACUUCCAAAUAUUUGUGAUGCUGGAAUGAAAACAAAAAAUAUAUCCUAUAAAAAGCAAUUUAAGUUAAUGUAAGUGAAGGGAAAUAAAACAUUUGAAGUUUAUCAGAAUCAAUAAAACAAUUUGGUGAAUGUGCAUAGCUCAGUAUAGAAAUGUCUGAAAAAGAAUCUGCAAAUGGAGCAAUCUCAGCGCAAUCUGUUGAAUGCACCCGAUUACGUGAAUUUAAAAACUAUCUCCGUGAGUUAGUGCGGGACAGAGUAAAUGAUGCAACCAAUGCUGGAGAAACUAAUCGUGCUUGCAUUUCGCGCAGCAGCAACGAAACAUACCCAGUGUGUUCUCAGGAAGUGUACGCUGAAAUAAUUAUGACUGUAUGGAAUCAUUUACAGUUAAAACGAUGUCCACGAUAUUUUCAAUUAUCCAUUUUGCGAGCCGUCGUUGCAGAAGUCGAACAAGGAUUUUCAAACGCUAAGGAAUGUGAGUUCACUGUGAAAGGCAUAAACGAUUCCACAAAAUCAACAGAUAAUGAAAUGGUUUAUGAUUUGGUAAAAUUACAAAAGUAUAUAGUGAACAAUUUGGAAAAAUUGCUGACACGUUUGAGCGAUAAUUCUGAAGUAGGCAACAUACCGAAUUUUGCAGAUUCAGAAGAUUUAUGUCUGGAUGGAAUAAAAUGCAACUGCAAUACGAAGCUGCCACCAGUAGCUUACAUAACUGGUCAUAUUAAAAAUAAACCACGCAAAAUGGAAGAUCGCCACAUUUGUUUAGAACGAUUUAGUGAAUUAUAUAAACUAAAAUCUACAUUCAGUUUUUAUGGUGUAUUCGAUGGUCAUUCAGGCCCAUUGGCAGCAAGCUACGCUGUAAGUCAAAUACCAUAUCUUCUAGCUGAAAGUUUACGAUCCAUCAGCAAUGACCUUGAUGAUGUUAAGGCGUAUAGGGAAGCUUUUGAGCAUUCUUUUCUCCAGACAGAUAAAAUGUUCUCUCGAAAAGGAAUUUCCAGCGGUACAACGGCCGUUUGUGUACUUCUAGCGCAACAGACUCCACCGUCUUACGGGCAUUUAUACGUUGCAUGGGUAGGUGAUUCAAAGGCAUUACUUGUUAGCCCAACGGUAAGUUUACAAUUAGUUAAAUCACAUAAACCGGAUGCGCCAGAUGAACGUAAACGAAUUGAAAUGGCAGAAGGUGGUGGUACAGUACUGUAUGUUCAAGGACAAUGGCGUGUAAAUGGUAUUUUAAAUGUAUCUCGCUCCAUUGGCGAUUAUUCAGUGGCUCCAGCGAUUGCAGAACCCGAUUUUGUGGACGUUUCCUUAACGGCGGCGCACGAUUUUAUCGUUUUGGGUACGGACGGUUUAUUCGACCAUGUGUCCGAAAAUAAAAUAGUGGACACUAUUUAUAAAUUAUUGGCCGAUAGUGAGCAAAAAAUUGAAAACAUUCCAAAAAUUCUUAUAGAAUUAGCAAAAGAUGGAGACUCCCAAGACAAUAUUACUGUUGUUAUUAUCUUUUUAAAAAAUCGACUCGAUAUUGUUCAAAAUUUCAAAAAAUAUUAAAGUAUUAAAACAACAAAGUAUAGAUGCUAGCCAAGUUUUAGGGAUAUUAACUACAGCGAAUAUACAAAUACAUACAUUUAUGUAUGUAUAUUGAGAAACAUAGAGUAGAUAUGUGCAUACGUAUCAUUCAUUACCUUAAUAUUUAUAUACAUACAUAUAGUAGUUACCACAAUUAGCAGAUUUUAUUUUUACACGAAAGUAUCCUCAAUUGCAAACGAAAAAGUGCUUUAACCCUUAGAAUAUUUACCAUAAUUUUUGUUUUGUAAAUAGACUUUUAUACGCUUUCAAAUGCUAAUUAUGUCAAUGUUGAAUAUUUGUGCCUGCAGCACACUUGUGCGAAUUUGCAAUGUUUUCAGUGCUCAACAGACGAUCAUUUAAUAGAAUGCGUUCGAGAAAAGUUCAAAUUUUUAUGAAAACAAGUUUAUAUUUACACAAAUAAGUACAUAUGUAUAUGUAUAUAAAAAUUCGGCGAUGUAAUUUUAAUACAGACGCACGUUUAAACAAAAUAUAAUAAUAUAGUAUAUAUUUAAGCAAACUUAAAUUUAUAGCUUAAUGCAUUCAUAUAAAGAUACAGAACUUCAAAUAUGAUUUUAACGUUAUUGUUAACAGAUUAGAUUACAUACUACCUAAUCGUACGUGUAUGUGUGUGUUAAGUGCACAUUUUAUCGCUUAUUACAAUGGCUAAAUGUUUGUUGUUUAUUGAAGUUUUCUGUUUACUAAAUCAAUAUUUGUUUUAAUAGUAUUCGUAGUAAAUUGUUUUGUGUUUUAAAUCAAAGUAAAUAAUGAACAAAUAAUCCAGAUUUCGCCCACUUCAAUUAUGUACCUACACAAAAGUAGCUUAAGAAUAUUUUAAUAUUUUUACCACAAUAUAAAAAUAAAAUAAAAUGAA